AUGGCUCAUGGCUGGACAACUCCCAGCGCCCCGAGUUCCACUGCACUCCUGGCAGUAACCUCAGUAUUUACCGUGACUUCUCUAUCGGCCGUGGCGCUUCGAUUCUACGCGCGAAGACUAGCGCGACUGGACCUACUCGCAGAUGACUGGCUAGCGCUUGCUGCACUGAUAUGCACCUUGGUAUACAAUAGUACUCUAUUAACAGGAACAUCCCGCGACAUCAUCGCAAACUACACCCACCCCACAGCUCAAACUGAAGUGGCAGCAAGGAAAUAUCAACUCGCCCUUCAAAUCAUCGAGGUCAUCGCCCUCGGCCUGACCAAGCUGAGUUUCUUCACUCUAUGGAAACGCGUCUUCAGUACCCAUCCUGUUCAUCGACUAUGUACUUUCCUCAUCGGCGCAGUAACGCUGUGGAUGGUUGCAUUCAUCCUCGCAACGAUUCUCCAGUGCGGGGGUCAUGUUUCUCAUAUUUGGUCAUCGAUAGAGGAUGUUAAUAACAGUAACACCUGCGCAAGCGCAAACAGGGGUAUUCUACUAACGGUGUAUACAAUCACCGAUCUCAUCACAAACAUACUAAUCACGAUCAUUCCUAUCUUCGUUAUUGUCGGGUUGAAUAUGCGGAUAGGGAGGAAGAUAGGGAUGAUAUGUCUUUACGUUGUGGGGGUUUAUGUAACCGCCAUUUCCAUCACAAGGACAUAUUUCACUAUUGUCGUGUCAUACAACAGCAAUGAGGAAGAGGACAGGUUAUCUUUCAUGCAUGAAUUCACUUUAUUAGCUCUGUGGGCUGUGAUCGAGGUAAAUGUGGGGAUCCUGGCUACGUGUGUCACGGUUGUAACGCGGGGUGUGAGAGAGGUCUACGCUGAUAAGCGGAAGAAGAAGUUCCAUAUGUUAUCCGGGGUGGCGUUGAAGGGGGAUCAUCAUGGCGGUGUGGGUAAUGAAGGAGGCACAAGGAUUUCAAAUGAGAGUGAUGGUAUAGAAUGA